AUAAUAAUUAGAGCAUCUGCUACACAAGGGCGGUGACAACAAGAAAACUUUUUGGAACAAACCUGCUUGAUGAGGCUUUAUUCAUUCAAAAAAAUCUGCUUGAUGAUGAGGUUAUUGAAGUGAAUGAACAGGGAGAGAGUAUGGACAGAAGCAGCGAUGACAUAAUUGUAUCCCUUUUUAUAGCAGUCUUGCUUGAUAAAUUGUCCUCAGAAGCAUUAAGAGAUUUUGGAUCGGUAUGGUGUGUGAAAAGUGAGCUACGUGCAUUCUCAGAUGUUCUUGGUAAGAUUCAAGAACUUCUCAAGUUUGCAGAGCAAGCUCAAACAAAGAAUAUCUUGGUCAAACGCUGCCUCAGGAAUCUCAGAGACGUUGCUUACCAAGCUGAGGACAUAUUGGAUGAGUUCAUAUAUGAGGCUCUUAAGGAAAAGGAUGAAAGAUAUGGAGGUAGAAAGGUACAUUUCUUUCCCUUUAACUUAAAUACUGAAGGAAUUUUACGUAAACAAGAAAUUGUACCUCUUGUAAAUGAUGAACUCAUAAAGAAACUAGUGGAGAUUGAGAAGAAACUUGAAGAUCACUAUCUCAGAGAGUCAGGGAAUUGGAAAGCACAAGGUGUAAAUGAUAAAAUAGAUACUAGGCCAAAGAGUGGUUCUCUAGUUGACGAGUCUUUUACUUUCGGGAGGAAGAAAGAGCGAGAUGAAAUUAAAGCAAAGUUGCUGUCAUAUCCAGGUGCAAAUCAAAAACAGGUUUCUGUUAUUGCCAUUGUUGGAUUGGGGGGUGUAGGCAAGACAACUUUAGCCCAGCUUGUCUAUAAUGAUCCUGAUGUAGAGAAACAUUUUGAAAUAAGAGCUUGGGUUUGUGUGUCUACCGAUUAUAAUGUUGUGAAAUUGACCUCUGGAAUUCUCGCAUCCUUGAUUGGGAGAAAUCCUGACUUGAGUGACUUAGAACCACUUCAACGUAAGUUGAGAGAGGAAUUAAGGGGGAAGCGAUUUUUAAUCGUCUUAGAUGAUGUUUGGACUGAAAAGGAAAACGAUUGGGAAGCUCUAAAAAUUGCAUUCAUGGAGACAGGGGAAGGAAGUAGAAUAAUAGUAACUACCCGAAGUCGAAGAGUUUCUUCAAUGAUGCACCCCAUUUAUACCCAUGAUCUACAAAUUUUAUCUGAUGAAGAGUGUUGGUCAAUAAUGGAAAGGCGCAUAUCUAUGCAUUAUGGCUCUAUUGCUCCCAAUCUGAAAGAAGUGGGUAGGAGCAUUGCGAAGAAGUGCAAAGGAUUGCCCUUGGCAGCAAGUACGCUUUCAGGCCUUUUAUGCUCUUCUUCUUCUUCUUCUUCAGAUUUAAACCAUUGGGAAGAAGUGUUGAAUAGUUCCUUGUGGGAGUUAUUGGAACAGAGCAAUUUGCCCGCUGCUAUAAGUGUAAGCUACUAUUUUCUUCCCACAUAUUUGAAGCAGUGUUUUGCUUAUUGUUCUUUAUUUCCUAAAGAUUACAAAUUCAAUAAGCAACGUCUCAUCCAACUGUGGGUAGCAGAAGGAUUUAUUAGAUCGAACACUACAAGAAUUGAAGAGAAAGGUAGCAAAUAUUUUGAUGAUUUGCUGCAUAGAUCUUUCUUCCAGCAUUACAAUGGAGAUAAUUGUACUGGUCCACUUGUAAUAUCCCAUAUUGAGGUGGAGGCAGGCACAUUUGUAAUGCAUGACCUUGUACAUGGUGUAUGGUAGAUUUGAAUUUGGGGAAUCUUGCCAUAGCUCUACUAAAGAGACCCGUUAUUUGUCCAUUUGUUGUGUAAAACACUUGUUUCAGGACAAAAAUCAUGGUGACAACAGGUUAUCUACGUUGAUCAUCCUAAAUUUGAGUAACUGUUAUUUCAAUGAGGUUAACUUCAUUGAAUCCUUUGGAGGACUGAGGUACCUACGUGUCUUAGAUUUGUGUGAUUCUCGUAUUUGUUUGCUUCCCAAUGAUAUUGGCCAUUUGAAAUGCCUGCAAUAUAUUAACCUCUCUAAUGCUAUACGCAUUAAACAAUUACCUGAUUCAUUGUGUGAUCUUCACAAUCUACAAUCACUGAUACUCCGUAAUUCCGGAAUAAUUGAGUUACCUGAAGGCAUGAAGUAUCUACGCAAUCUCCAGCAUCUAGACCUUAAUGGGUGCCGUUACUUAUAUUCUAUGCCACGAGGAAUUGGGAGAUUAACUAGUCUCAAGACAUUACCAUAUUUUCUUGUCUCGGAAGAAGAUGAUGGUUGUGGAAUAAGAGAGCUCAAGGAGCUAUGGCAGCUUGAGGGAGCGCUUUCAAUCGUCUUCAGAGGGAGUGUGAUUGAUCCUUUGGAUGCUCGAGAAGCUCAUUUGGUGAAUAAACCGAAAGUCGAUGAAUUGGAGUUGACGUGGCUUGACAGUGGUGAUAGAGUUUUUGAGGUUCUUGAAGGCUUACAACCUCACACUGAGCUGAAGAGUUUACAAAUCAAGUUCUAUGGUGGUUUAACAUUUCCAAGAUGGUUGAUGAUAGACUUGCCAAGCUACAAGAAUCUAGUCUCUCUCACACUUGACUGCUGCACUUGCCAAGUCCUUCCACCGAUGGGGAAGCUGCCGCUAUUGGAAUCUCUACGCUUAAACGAUGUGGAAGCAUUGGAGGACUUUUGUAGCUGUGGAGGGGAGGAAACUGAAUUCCCCAGCCUCUUAAGGCUAUCAAUUUCAGUGUGUUUCCAGCUGACGAAACUACCACAGCCAUUUCUAUCAAGUCCUAGACUAGAUGAAUUGAGUAUCGAGAACUGUCCAAGGCUCAGGAUGUUGCCCCAUCAAGGAAGCAAACUCACCUCUCUCAAAAAUCUCUCUCUUGGGAUUGGGACUGAAGGGUUGGUGCACUCACUGGAUGAGUCUGAUACUUUACCUCCAAAUCUUAGUUGCCUUUAUAUUUAUGAAUGUAAAUUGCUACCUAAGGGUUUAAAAAACCUGUCUUCACUCCAACAUCUGAAAUUUGGUCGACAUUGUAAACCCCAAUACAGCCCUGAUGAGCUCCCCACAAAUGUCAUCGUUACUAGAGAUUGGGAUUGGUGAGGUCAACCCGCCAAAAUUGUCUGCCCAUACAAUUCAGGAGGUGGCCUUGCGGUCAAGAUUAUCAUUGCGACUUUGCAUUCAAUGACACAUGUAUUUUGUUGGUGGAAUCAUGGAUUUGCCAGAACUCAUCACAGAAACCGGUAAAAAGUCUAUUUUUAACCAAGAAGGUUACAAAUAUACCAACUAUAUGUACGGAAAAACUAUUUCUAUUGUGAUUGCACAAAAAUACAUUGGAGCACAAUGACCGUCUCGUUCCUAUGAAAUCAGGUAGCAGUUAUUCUUGGUGUUCCGUUUAACAUUUUCAGAGAUCCAUUGAUUUCGAGAUUAAGCAUAAGUUUUUAGGAGGGAAUUUUCCACACUCCUUCCUAGCAGAUUCAUAGGGAGCAGUUAUGGAAGGAAGUAGGGAUCACAUAAUUGUAUCCCUUCUUGUAUCAGCUUUGCCUGACAAAUUAUCCUCAUCAGAAGCGUUAAGGGAAUUUGGAUCACAAUGGUCUGUGCAACCUGCUUUACAGGAACUCUCUCAAAGAUGUUGCUUACCGAGCUCAGGAUAUAUUGGAUGAGUUCAUCCAUGAAGCUAAUAAAGCUCACAAGGAAAAAGAUCUUGGUGGAAAGCUGGCCUUACGAUCAAGAUUAUCUUUUAGAUUUUGCAUCCAACGACACGUAAGACUCUCUCUCUCUCUCUCAUGUUCUGGCCCUUGAACUUUAAAGUGAUGUUGGUACCUUUUUUUACCAAAAAAAGGAAAAAAGAUGUUGGUAAUUUCUUGUUUCCAAACUCUGAAGGCUGAAUGGAAAAUGCAUUCAGUUGUUGAAAACAUUUAUUUGGUUUUUAUCUCAAUUUUUAAGGUCUCUUAUGUUUGUAACUAUUUAGUGGUGGAUUCUAUCAAAAAAACCAUUUAGUGGUGGAGCUUUGUCACA